AUUUCCCCGACGCUCGACUGUUAACCUCUUUGCGUUACGUUGAGGGUCCGUUUGAGUAUCGAUGGUUUGAUUCCAAACGCCUCGCGAGACGAACUUGUUAUUCCCGUUAAAGAGAGAAUAUGAAAGAGGAGCCAAAAUGACAUCCCGAUUUGGAAAGACCUACAGCCGGAAAGGGGGAAACGGCAGUUCCAAGUUUGACGAAGUAUUUUCCAACAAACGGACCACCCUUAGCACGAAAUGGGGAGAAACCACCUUCAUGGCCAAAUUAGGACAGAAGAGGCCCAGUGUCAAAACAGACAUUUCCGAAGUUCCUAAAAAACCCCGAGUUGAAGAUGAGAUAACGGAGGAUCCGUUUGGGUUUGACAGUGAUGAAGAAUCUCUUCCCGUGUCUUCAAAGAAUGUGGCACAGGGUAAAAGCUCCUCCCAGCUGGACCCAAAUGAAGCUGCUCAGUCUGAGGACUUUGCUUCUCUACUUGAAGCCAACAGCAAAAGUAAUCAGCCAGACGGUGGAGAAAACACUGCAUCCAGCAAGCAAAUACCUGUUGACAGUACUGCUCCUCCUUUAAAAGAAAAGAGCACAAGCAAAAAUGUGGAAGAUGGAGAAUGCAAAGGCAGCAGUGCUAAACCCGCAUUUGCAGAUAAAAUGCAGAAUUUGAAUGAAGAUGAUGAGAAGAACAGUCAUUUCAUCUUUGAGACUGCUGAAGACAGUAACAAAACAAAUGCUGAGACUAUGGACACUUCUGGAUACAAAAUUGAAGCCAAGGACUUGCCUGAUUCUUGGGACUCCCAUGCUGGAAAACCAACAGACUCUGUAUCAGAAGCAUCUCAGACGAAGGGGCCUUUAAGAACUCACUUGUAUGAAUGGGACGAUGAACCUGAAGACUCCAGAACUGGAGAGUACGUAUUAGAUUUUGACAGUGAGCAUCUCUCAGAGAUGAAGAGCAAGGAUGAGGAGGGUGAUAAAGAAGAUACAGAAAAUCCAAAGGAAACCAUUUGUGAAGAACUUGUGCAAACUAUUCCUAGGCCAAGCAACUGUAGGACAUACUGUAGAUCCAACAAAGCAAAACAACAGGGGGCAACAAACUUUGACAAGCUAAUGGAUGGCACUAGCCAGUCUUUAUCCAAAGCAAACAAUGAGUCAAAUAACGAUGGUCUGAACCCAGCAAAAAAAGCUUCUUUAAGUAGUGGGACCAGUUACAGAGGGACGGUUGGACGGACUAGAGACUACACUGUUCUACAUCCAUCUUGCUUGUCAGUUUGUAAUGUUACUAUACAGGAUACCAUGGAACGAAUUGACGAAUUUACCACAGCAACCCCUACUGACUUGGGAGAAGCUGGACGUUUAAGAAAAAAAGCAGACAUUGCUACUACAAAGACUACAACCAGGUUUCGACCAAGCAAUACCAAAUCCAAAAAGGAUGUCAAAUUAGAGUUUUUUGGGUUUGAUGAUCAAGAUGAGGGAGAGGGAGAUGAAGGUGCCUCUAGAAGUUCUGGGAGUUCCAAUUACAAAAUUAAGUACUUUGGGUUUGAUGACUUGAGUGAAAGUGAGGAUGAAGAUGAAGAGUGGCAGAUAGCGGAAAGGAAAGCUAACAAAAAAAGAACUAGAGCUGCACCGUCACCCUCACUACAGCCAACUUCUGACAGCAAUGAAAACUGUUCCCAGGAUAAUCAGGUCAAUACUAACACAGAUCUUCUGGAGUUUUCAGAGGAUGCAUCUGGUGUGCCUGAAGGCAAUAAAAAAUCCACAAAUAAACAAGGUGAUAAAUCCAAGGAAAACACCAGGAAGAUUUUUAGUGGGCCAAAGCGGUCUCCCACAAAAGCUGUAUAUAAUGCUAGACACUGGAACCAGCCGGAAUCAGAGGUUCUGCCAGCACCACCGGUUUUGAAAACUCCCAGUGUCCCAGUAAGGCUAUCUUCAAAGGAGGCAAUUCAUAAAGAUGAUGGAGUUUUUAAGGCUCCUGCACCACCUCCCAAAGUGAUUAAAACUGUGACAAUACCUACUCAGCCCUAUCAAGAGAUAGUAACUGCAUUGAAAUGUAGGAAAGAAGACAAAGAAUUAUACACUGUUGUUCAGCAUGUAAAGCACUUCAAUGAUGUAGUGGAAUUUGGUGAAAACCAAGAGUUCACAGAUGAUAUUGAGUACUUGCUAAGUGGAUUGAAGAGCAAUCAGCCCCUAAACACACGUUGCCUUAGUGUAAUCAGCUUGGCGACCAAGUGCGCCAUGCCCAGCUUCCGGAUGCAUCUGAGAGCACAUGGGAUGGUAGCCAUGGUUUUCAAAACACUGGAUGAUUCCCAGCACCAUCAGAAUUUGUCCCUUUGUACAGCAGCUCUAAUGUACAUCUUGAGUAGGGAUCGUUUGAACAUGGAUCUAGACAGAGCUAGUUUAGAUCUGAUGAUACGGCUGUUGGAAUUGGAACAAGAUGCUUCUUCUGCCAAGCUGCUGAAUGAGAAAGACAUGAAUAAAAUUAAGGAAAAGAUUCGGAGACUGUGUGAAACUGUUCACAAUAAACAUCUUGAUCUCGAAAACAUCACGACCGGGCAUCUGGCGAUGGAAACGUUACUGUCUCUCACCUCAAAGCGAGCUGGGGACUGGUUUAAAGAAGAACUGCGACUCCUAGGUGGUCUUGAUCAUAUUGUAGAUAAAGUUAAAGAAUGUGUGGAUCACCUUAGCAGCGAUGAAAACGAAGAGAAAUUAGUUGCUUCCUUAUGGGGUGCAGAAAGAUGUUUACGGGUCUUAGAAAGUGUAACUGUGCAUAAUCCAGAAAAUCAGAGCUACCUGAUAGCAUACAAAGACUCACAACUCAUAGUCUCCUCAGCUAAAGCAUUGCAGCAUUGUGAGGAAUUAAUCCAGAGAUAUAAUCGUGCUGAAGACAGUAUCUGUUUGCCAGACAAUAAGCCUCUGCCUCAACAGAAUGUAACUAACCAUGUGGGUAAAGCAGUGGAAGACUGCAUGAGGGCCAUCAUUGGUGUCUUGCUCAACCUAACAAAUGAUAAUGAAUGGGGUAGUACGAAAACAGGUGAACAAGAUGGUCUGAUAGGCACGGCAAUGAAUUGUGUGCUUCAUGUUCCGAAGUUCCUACCUCAAGAACAGAGAUUUGAUAUUCGGGUGCUGGGACUGGGUCUGCUGAUCAAUCUAGUAGAAUACAGUGCUCGGAACAGGCACUGUCUUGUCAAUAUGGAAACAUCGUGUUCUUUUGACUCAUUCUGUACGGGAGAAGGAGACGAUAGCCUAAAGAUAACUGGACAGAUUGAUGCUGUUCAGGCUUUAGUGCAGCUAUUUCUUGAGCGUGAGAGAGCGGCACAGCUGGCUGAGAGCCAGACAGAUAAACUGAUUAAAGAAGCUCCUACUGCUCAGCAUGAUAAGAGUGGAGAGUGGCAAGAAACAAGUGGGGAAAUACAGUGGGUCUCCACAGAAAAGUCAGAUAGUACUGAAGAGAAAGAUAAGAAGGAAGAAGAUGAUGAAGAACUUGAUCUUAAUAAAGCUCUUCAGCAUGCUGGGAAGCACAUGGAAGACUGCAUUGUGGCCUCGUACACAGCAUUGCUUCUAGGCUGUCUCUGCCAAGAGAGUCCUAUCAACGUGACUACUGUGAGGGAAUACUUACCUGAAGGAGAUUUCUCAAUAAUGACUGAAAUGCUCAAAAAAUUUCUCAGUUUUAUGAAUCUUACCUGUGCUGUUGGAACAACAGGCCAGAAAUCCAUCUCUAGGGUGAUUGAAUACUUGGAACACUGCUAGAUACUUAACUUCCGCUGCAAGCACUCUAAUGCUGGAGCUACCCUUAGACAAAAGAAGUCAUGAAAGAAGUCCUUGAAGGAUAUACCAAGAGCAUUCAUCUAUGUCAUUCGUGUUCGGAUUUUUAAGGCUACCUGGUCUCUUAACCAUGCAUUCAGCAUUUUCUAAAAGACAGUUACUACAUCAAUCUGCAACUAUCAAAAAUGAGGGGAAAAAGGUUCUGAGGAAAGUAAAUAAAGAAACCAUGCUGUUUAUGAUGCAGUGCAGUAUUUAAAUAUUUUUGGCAGGGUUUAUCCUCCCUAUCUUUUUUCUUGCUUUGUUCGUGACCAGUUUCAAGGGGAAAACUUGCUGCUGAUAGUGCAACUGCUGUUUACUGUUGAGCCACUGUUUCAUGCCAGCCAGGUGCAAAGGCAGCUUAGCUACUGAGGUAUCAAAUGUUCUAAUAAAGAAGUUCUGGACAGCAGCACCGCUCCUAUUUGAGUUUAAUUUGCUCUUGCUUUUUUAUUACUAGAUUAUUCCAAAAUCGUAAAAUAUAAAUUUUUAAAUACUUUUGUGAUUUUAACUACUGUCUAUAUUUAAAAUUUGUUGGAAUCCAAAGAGGUGAGGAUUGGAUAGUUUAUUUUUUAUACUGUUUUGAUUGAAAUUAGGUUGUUGAACUAUUUCUCAGUUCUAAAACUGUCAUGGCCCAUGUACUGUAAACUGAUAAGACCAUAACACUUUGUAAUUCCAAGAUGCAUGCAAACCCAUAAAUACAUAAAGCCAUUUGAGAGGGUAUGUUAUCCACAGAAGAAAUAAAAAUUGUGCCCUGUUUAAGGAAAAAAAAAAGAAAGGGGUGGGGUGGGGUGGGGGGUGGGAGGAAAGUUAUUCAUUCCCAGGGCAGUUUACACUUCUAAUAAGCAAAAACUUUGAAAUGCUGUUUAGAUUUGUUUGAAAGAAGCGCUCAAGAUGUAUUUUAUAAUGCUUGAUACAAAGAAUUUGGAUGUUGUAGGGGGAAGAAUUUUGAAGAGGCUAAAACACCAAUGGGGAUUAAUGUUUCCAGCUGACAUAAUCUUUCUAUUUCAUCCUUCUGUAGUAUGUCAAAGUUUAAAUGCAUACAACACAAAGCCUUAAAUUGCUGAUAUAGCUAAGAUUUUGUUCAGUCUGAGGUCUAGUUCACAGCAAAGCAUUGUGUUUGAAGACUUAAAUGGAACAAGAAAUCCCAGAAAAUACAUUACUUGUUUCUUUAAUAUUUUUUUCUUGCACUCGUUAUUCAGACCAACAGAAUUGGUAAUUAUUUUUAUUAAGCUGGUCUUGAAUAUUUGCAGACUGUUCUGAGAUCUGCUUCAUCACAUUUUUAAAUACCUGUAUAGAUAGUUAAAUCAUGUUAUUCCAUUGAAUUUGUAAAACUUGAAGCCAUAAAAAUAUUAGUUCUAUGUAUAAUGAGGGGGAAGUAACAGGAAAUCUAACCUGCUUUUAGAUCUUGUUAUCUCCAUGUAUAAAGUUACAAACUUGUGCUUUUGUAUCAGUGCCAGCUGUAAAUUUUUUACAUACAGUGGCUGCCUUCUAUGUCUUCCUAUUUUUGAUAAUGCAGAUUGUUGAGAAUUCUGUAAGGAAGUAACUGAUUAGCGGCAAAAUUCCUAUGUUGGUCAUACUUUUUGCGUUUUCUCUCAUCACCUUCUAAAACUUAGCAUAUCAGUGUAACUCAGAAAAGUUUUUGAGGUUGUGUUCCCUUUGCUUAAAAACAAAACUGAAACUCAACAACUCAGUAUUGAGAGACAAAAGCUGUAUGUAAACCAUCUGUAUCAAGAGGAAACUAUUGAAUGUUUUGUCUGCCUGUCCUCCUGAUUUAAGACCUUUUCACUUGAAGUGGGAUUUCAAAAUGAUUAUAGAGCUUCUGUGGGGCGAUGGCAAGAGACAAUGCAGUGAUGAAGGGGAAAUCAGGGACAACUACCUUUCUUUGUUACACUGGUAAUUGUUUGGGAAUUGGUUUACCUCAGUGUUUAACAGUUUUUUUUAAAUGUAACUAAUUGUCAAGCACUGACAAAUGCAGAUUUUUUUUUUUCUUUGAGGGUGGGGGGAGAAAUCACCCUGUGAACUGCAGUGCAUUUUUGUGUGUUAGACCCUCAAAUAACUCUGCAUUAAAGGGUACUUGAGGCCAACUUGCAAAUUAAAGUUUUAAAGUAACUUUUUUUCCAUUGUAAAUAUUUGUGUAAAUAAUCUCAAUUGGAAAUUAGAACAGUAGAGUACUUUUCUGAAUCCAAUCCUAUUUUUAUUUUAUACAGUAUUUCUCAGCUGUGAUCUUUGGAGCAAAAGCCAACGGCAGGAAAAAUAGUUUGUACCAGUUUCAUGAAGUAUGUCUUUGGGUUUUUGUAAAUAAUUUUAACUCAAAUAAAAUUGCUACUUUCAAUACA